CUGGCCAGCGGUGAUGUCCUCUUUGUCUUGGGAGAGGGGCUUGUGAUGCUGAUGAAGCUCUGCCCCAUAACAGAGGUUCUUCUGUCUUUAAACCACUUCAGGAGAGGCAGAAAUUCAACAGGCAAAGUUUUCUCCCGCUUUGCUUUAGCAAAAGAACAAAGGCUUCGCCCGGAAGAGCCACCCAUUCCUGCCCAAGAUAUUUAGAAAAAUGGCUUCCCAGCCCAAAGAGCGCCCCGAGAGCUUGCAGUUUUCCUUUCUGGAUGACGACGAUACAAUCACUACCAUCCGGGAAUCGAAAACACUUUUUAUCCUUCGGGGUCUGCCAGGCAGUGGAAAAUCUACUUUGGCACAGGCCAUCCACGACAGGUAUAAGGAUGCUUGCAAAGUCGUCUCUGCUGACCACUACAAAAUCACACCUGCUAUCAGGAGCGCCGUUCCUGAAGACUACGGGAAGGUGGAUGAGGAACUAGUUGACUAUUUCAAGCAUGACGUCAGCGUGGUGGUGAUGGAUGACACCCACCAUGAACGGGAACGACUAGAGCAAAUCUUCGACCUCGCUGACAAGUAUCGCUAUGAAGUCAUCAUAGUGGAGCCAAAGACACUGUGGAAAUUGGACACCUUGCAGCUCAAAGAUAAGAACCAAUGGAAACUGACAGCCGACGAGCUGAAGAAGUUGAAGCCUGCCUUAGAAAAGGACUUCCUUCCUUUGUACUAUGGAUGGUUUUUGAGCAAAAGGAGCUCGGAGAAUUUGCGCAAGACCGGACAGGCCUUUCUUGAUGAGCUUGCCAGUAUUAAAGUCUUCAAAAAGGAGUCUAAUAAGCACUUUGGGGGAGCUAUCGAAGAUCCCAAAAUGAAAUUAGACUUGACCAGCUACUUUGUGAAAAGGCCUCCGGGUGUCUUGCACUGCACAACAAAAUUCACCGACUUUGGGAAGGCCCCGGGAUCAGAGGAUUAUGCCCAGCAAGAGGGCGUGAAGUCAUCUUACGGAAAAGCUUUCUUCCUCACCAUCUCAGCCCUCUUCAUCACACCGCGGACGGCCGGGGCGCGAGUAGAACUGAGCGAACAGCAGAUGCUUCUGUGGCCGGGGGACGUGGACGUGCUCCCGCCGACGGGCAGCCUCCCGAAAGGCAGCCGGGCUCACAUCACCCUGGGCUGUGCCAGCGGGACGGAAGCCGUCCAGACAGGCCUCGACCUCCUCGAAUUUGUCAAACUGGAAAAGGCAGGCAACAAAGGCGAGGAAAUUGGGGAAAUUGGAGGGGGGAAGCUUUUGUCCUAUGGGAACGGCAUGUGGAUGAUCCUGCUUUCUAAAAAGAUUGAGGUGAGGGCCAUCUUUGGAGGGUACUACGGCAAAGGUAAACUGGUGCCCACUCAAGGGGGCAGCAGAAGGGGCUCGCCUUUCAAUGCCUGUGUGAUCAUCUAAGGGCCCUUCUUGCCCCAAACCACAUUUUAUACGAAGAAACAAAACAAACUUACCAUUUUUGUCCUCCCACUAAAGCACAGCCCGCCCCUUCUGCAGGGACACGUAUCUCUCCCCCCCUCAAACCCACUCCCCGCUUUGACCCUCAGGAAAGAAACCAGCCAUUGGGGCACCUCUAAUAGAAAGACUAGCACUUUUUUAUAUGUAAAGGUUAAGCUUAAUGCAACUAAAUGUUUCAAUUCAGAGGCAGCUUAAGUUAAAAAAAAAAACAGAAACCACAGCAUUGGGUGGGGGUGCAGGAGCAUCUUUCCUGCUGGCACCCAUGUCUCACAUCCAGUCAACGUCACCGCCCGGGACCUGACUUUGAAAGCUGGUGCUGGUUGAGGAAAUGACUCUCCCCUGUGGGACUUGUGCGGUGGGGUCAUUCAUUGUGUGGCGGGUCAUAGCCCAAAGCAGCUAUGUGGGACGUUGAGCCAGUGCCAAGCCCCAAAAGCAUGGUUGCCAGAGAUCAGUUCUCCUGGAGAAAAAUGGCCGCUUUGGAAGGGGGACUCUAUUAUAGUCCGUCGAAGUCCCUCCUCUCCCCAUAUCCCACCCUCCUCAAGCCCCCCCCCCCCAAAUCUCCAGGCAUUUUCCAACCUGGAGCUGGCAACCAAGCCCCAAGGCGAGUUCUUGUGCCUCAGCCAAUACCACCUUUAAAACCAUUUCAGACUGGGGGUAGAGUGGGGGGCAGUUUUUUAAAGUGCUUCCCUGUGGUUACACCCCCCCCCCCAUAGCUGUCUAUUUGCAAGGAGGAAUUUCUUUUAAACACAAGGAUUUCAAAAGCAGCAUGCUCCCUUGUAGUAGUUCUCGGUACAUUCCAUUUUACCCCCUUGUUCUGCUGAAUUUAAAGACUUGGCAUGAAGCAACACUGCCCACCCCAGCCCUAGUCUGUGAAUCCCACUGAAAAUCUGGCAAAAGGCAAAAA